AAAUAAUAUUUGUUGUUAACUAAAGUGUGUUAUAUGUAUAUAUGUGUGAAGAAGUUUUUUAACUGAAAUUUAACAAGGAAUAUGGACGGAUAAAAAUCAGACAAAUUUGCAAACACACUAAAUAUUCCUGUUGGGAAAUUGAUGUGACCUUCCCCACCCCUUAAAUAAGAACAACUCGCGCGAAUCUGCAAAAAAAAAAAUAUUUUUGAUUUAAAAAAAAAUAAAUUUUUUAUUAACAAAUGAACAUAACCUAAAAAGAAAAUACAACGAAUAUCACAAGACAAGUGAGAAAGAGACUCUCCGAAGCGUGCGAAAAAACUAACAGUUUCACUUUCAGUUGUUAACGGUGUUGUAAUAGCAAAAACAGCAACCACAACAACAACAACGUCAUAAAAAACAAAAGUGUGAAGUGCAAAAUUGAACGCUAACAGCAUAAACACAUACAUACACAAAAGUAAGAUUUCCUUUUCAAAAGAAGCACAAAAAAAAAACACAAUUUUUCCACUUUUCAUUUUAUCAUCUUCGCAAAAAUUUUCAUCGUCGUUUCGUUCGAAGAAAAAAAAAACCGUGCGUGCCGCGUCGUUCGCAUUCGUCUUACACCGAUUCUUCUUCUUCUUGGUUUUUUUUUUUACACCGCUGUGUUAUAACUUGUCACUUUGCCUUCAACUGCCAAUUUGCCACAUAAAAUAAAAACAAUUUUUCGUUACCAACUGUUUGCAGAGAUUUUUUGCGCAGGCCUUCAGACUUCAGACUGUGUUAACCUUUUAGAAAUAAAUAAUUUAGUAAAAAAUCAACAUUCAACAUCAAAAUGUCACACAAAAUUGCAAUUUUAUUGGCGAUUAUCGCGUCAAUUGUCACAAUAUGCUCAUCACUGCCAGAUUAUCACAAACAAAUGUCACCCACACAACUGCAAUCGGUCUUUCACGUCGACGAUGUAGCCUCGGUGCCACACUACGAAGUCGUCCAGUUGCUACAUCACAGUUUCGAUGAUGGCGUAGCGUCAGCAGCGCUGCCAGAACAUUAUCGCCGUCGUCGGCGACGUAGCAUUCAGAGCGAGAGUGCAGAUGCGCGCUUAGUACUCAAAGAGCCGCAUCAUGUGAAAAAGGAUUUAAGUAAAAAUCCUUACUACAGCGAAUUGAAGGCGGCUGCUAAUACUAUUGGCGGUGUGAAUAGCCUACAGCAAGCGACGAAUGGCAAAUUCACUGGUGAUUUACGUGAAUUAAAGGAGCAUAAGGUCUCAUUCAAUGCUUUUGGUGAGAAUUUGAAUUUGACGCUGAAAAAGACAGAUAGUCUGUUCAAGGGCGGUUCGCCGCAUACGUUGCGUAUGUGGACGGUGCGCGAUGAGGCGAAUGCAACGCAGGGUUUGGAUUUGCAGGAGGUUUUUGAUGAGGAUACUCAAUCCAGUGAACAAAUUGGUGAAGUAUAUCAAGACGAAGCCAAUAUGGCGGCCAUAUUAAUGCGUCGUCAUCUGGAAACUGGUGAUUUAAUCAUGGAGGGCAGUAUCGGUCAUGAAAUGGUUAUAAAACCCCUGCCACAUGAGCUCAGUCCAAAUCCGGAUGCCGCACAUCACGUUGUGUAUAAACGUGAAGCACAGCCACUAGAACACUUGAGCGAUUUCGCUUUUAUGGAACCCGAUGAUUUGGCUGCCAGUGAGAAACUUGAACGUUUACAACAACAACAUCGUCAACGUCGCUCAGCACCAGUUGACGAUGAUGAAGCAGUUAUGGAGGAUACGGAUGCGGAUGGCGAAUUAGAGUCAGCGGAAGCGAGAUAUUCACGUAAUAGACGUCAAUUGCCCUAUAUUAUCUAUCCUGAAGUGUUGUUAAUCAUCGAUUAUGAUGGUUAUCGAUUACAUGGUGGUGAUAAUUUGCAAGUAAAACGCUACUUUGUAUCAUUCUGGAACGGCGUUGAUUUGCGCUAUCGCUUACUCAAAGGUCCAAGAAUCCGCAUCAGUAUUGCUGGCAUCAUUAUUUCGCGGGGAAGAGAUGCAACACCAUACCUGGAAAGGAAUCGUGUCGGACGGGAUGCCAUCGACUCAGCAGCUGCCUUAACCGAUAUGGGUAAAUAUUUAUUCCGUGAGCGACGUUUGCCCGUCUACGAUAUUGCUGUGGCGAUAACCAAACUUGAUAUGUGCAGACGUACAUCAGCUCAUGGUGAAUGUAAUCGUGGUACAGCAGGUUUUGCAUAUGUUGGCGGUGCCUGCGUUGUGAACAAACGUUUGGAAAAAGUCAACAGCGUUGCUAUCAUUGAGGAUACUGGCGGUUUCAGCGGUAUCAUUGUGGCUGCACAUGAAGUUGGACAUUUACUUGGCGCCGUACAUGACGGUUCACCACCACCCAGCUAUCUUGGCGGUCCGGGUGCGCAACGUUGCCGCUGGGAGGAUGGCUAUAUAAUGUCCGAUUUGAGACACACAGAGCGCGGUUUCCGUUGGUCACCAUGCACAAUACAGAGUUUCCAUCAUUUCUUAAACGGCGAUACUGCCACCUGCUUACAUAAUGCACCGCAUGAGGAUAGCGCGCUGGGACGCGCCUUACCGGGUACACUGCUCUCGCUGGACGCGCAGUGUCGUCGCGAUCGUGGCACAUAUGCUUGCUUUAAGGAUGAACGCGUCUGUGCGCAACUCUUCUGUUUCGAUGCGCAGACGGGUUAUUGUGUGGCAUAUCGACCGGCGGCGGAGGGUUCUACGUGCGGCAGUGGAUUGCAAUGCCUGGACGGUCGCUGUACGCCACUCACGUCGAAUGUCAUACCAGCUUAUCGUUCUUACAACGAAAACAAUGGCGCUACUAGUAAUAGCGCGGAGAAUACAGAUACUAGCAGUGAGGAAGAGGAUGAGGAAGAUGAUGAAGAUGGGGAGAAUAUCAAUAGUGACGAGGUGCAAGAUCAAAAGAAUACAUUAAACAACAAUGCUGCGCAUGGCCGUCGACUCGGCAAUACGGUGGAGCACACCUCACGCGAAGUUGACGACACUAGCAAUCCCAAUCGUAUAACAACCAAAACCAUAACCACUAGUAAUACGAAUACACCCACACAGACGAACUCACUCACCACAAUUACGUUGGAAUCACAUUCACGACACCAUCAAACACACAAUAAGCAUAACAACAAUCAACGGCAAGUGCAACAACAGGGUACUUUAGAAUUUUUAGCUAGGUUCUUAGCACAAAAUCCGCAAUGGCAACAGCUAUUGGUGGGGCAGGCAGCACAACUCAAUGCAGCACUAUCGGGUGCAGCAACAACAACUGCUAAUGAUGUAAGAACAAAUGAAAAGAGUGAAGGGCUGGUAACGCCAGCAGAGACUCAACAAGGCGAAUUACCACCACAGGCUAUGGUUGUGGUGAAAACGAGUGUGAGCAGCAGCACCAGUAGUAGUAGUAGUAGUGGCGGUAGUAAUUUAAAUAGUAGUAGUAGUGAUUUUAGGUAUAAUAGUGAGAAUGAGGAUAAUAAUGACGAAGAAGGAAAGAGUGUUGCGCGGAAUAAUAUUGAAUUUUUGAAAUUAAAAAUCAUUGAAAAAGCAAUUGAGAAAAAUAAAAAUAUGGCGUAUAACAAAGAGUUAAAUGAGCAUGAAGAGUUUGCUAAUAAUGAAAGUCAGAAAUUGCAGAAAGUGCAUGAAACAAACGAAACACAGAGAGAACAAAAAGAAAUCCUAACAACGUUUAACAAUGCACAACAAACUCCAAAAUAUAUUACACAGCAACACCGACACAUAACAACCAAAUUGGCAAAAUUAACACAAAAUCAAGAUAGAAAAUCGACAACAACAACAACAGCACCACCAACAAUCAAACCACCUAACCUCUUUCAAAUUUACACGCAUGAAUUACGCAAGCAAUUACAAUAUUAUUUAGGUUUUUUACGCGCAAACGCCAAUGACAGCGUCAGCGCUAGCGAUAGUAGUAGUAGUAUUUUGAGUAGUAGUAAUCGUACAGCAACAAAUACUUCAAAUUCAAAUUAUAGCAAUACAGUGAGCGCUGCCGCCAAAUUGCAACAACAGCAACAAGCAGCGGCGCUGCAUCAAAGCGACGAUGAUGGUGAUAACGAAGACAAUGAAGACAAUGUGAAUGAUAGCAAUGUGGACGCGGACGAUGAUGCUAGCAAUGAGGCUAUCGAUGACAAACAACAAAAGCGUAAGUUUAAUACAAUCACAACCACCACCACCACAACAACAACAACAACAUCAAGCACAAGUGGUAAUGCACAACAACAACAACAGCACACACAACGUUUACAACAAGCGCCGCCACCGUCGUUAGCACCGACGCGCAGCAGCAGCAGCAAGAGCAGCAGCAGCGGCGCCACCGGUGUAAUUACCAAUAAUAAUAACAAUAAUAAUAACAGAGCACUACAACGUCCAGCCACAUUUAUUGAUGCGUAUUUGAAAAAAUUACAAGCGCUUAAUGCGCCAACGGAUGUAACGGCAACACUAACGGCUACCACAACGAGCACAACUAUGUCGACAUCGAGCGUGGUCGGCAAGGCAGUGCAAACAGGCGGAACGCACGAGAACGAACCGACAAAGCGGCCUCAACCGGAAACAUUCGGCAGUCAUUUUCUUAAACGUACGCAAAAUUUUAUUAGUAGAAGUAGUAGUGUGGGCAAUAGUAGUGGUGGUGAGGAGAGUAGUAGUGUUGAUAACAUUAAUCAUGGUAGUAAUAUCAGCAGCAGCAGCAGCAACAACAACAACAACAACACCAACAACAACAACAAUCACUAUAAAAACAACAGUCAAAAUAGAAUUCACAAAAAACUUACACGUAUUUCAAGCCAUAAUACCGUUACAAAUAGUCAGCAAUACGAUGUUGAGCACGAACGCGCCCAACAUGCUGCUGAUGAUGUUGUUAGUGUUGCAGAUGUGUCCAAUAAUGAUAAUGAGGAUUUGCAUGUUGUGAUCACAACGCAACAACCAGCUUAUGUAACGAAUUAUUUAGGUGAUAAUACGCAUAAUUUGCCAAGAUUACUUGAGCAACAACAGCAACAACAACAGUCAUCAUCAACAAAAACAACAUCCACAACAACAACAACAACAACAACAACAACAUCCUCACAACCAUCACAACAAAAAGCACAUAAAGUAAAAACACAAAAACUGAUACGUCGCCAAUUGUUGCGUACACAAAUUAAAUGAAAACAACAACAAAUUGUAGUAAAUUUGUGUGUGCAAGUCACGCCAAUGAGAAGUGUUUAAUAUUUCAUUGCAAACACACCACAUAUAGUUUGUAUUUCUAUUUAUAUGCUAAGCGAGAAGAAAAAAAAAAGAAAAAAAAUAAGAAGAGAAAAAUACAACGAAAGCAUAGCAUUUCCUUAUCACAACAUAUUCGUAAUAUCAUUUCAAUGAGAAAUUACUUAAUGUACACUACCAUAUGCCACAAAAAAAAAAAAAAAAAAAAAAAAAAACAACCAUACAGCGGUAGCCAAAUACCCGUGUUGUUCACAUGCCAGUCUAAUGACAAUCAGCUGUUUUGGGAAAUGCCAAUCUGCGCACACCCAUUAUUACACUUCUGAAUAACUGGAAAAAGAAACUACACUUUCAUUUCAAAAAAAAAAAACAAAAAACAAAAACUACAAAUAUGCGUGGUUAACUGGAAGGCGUUUCCGUUUUGAAAAAAAAAUUUAAAAAUAUUAAAAAUUAGUUCCGUUGCUGACUGAUUGAUACGCUUUUCGUUAUUAAUUACAUACAUACUGCAAACUGAGGACCACUUCAACACAUUCAAUACAAUACAAACUGUUGCUUGCAGGCCGCAAGUACACGUAUAUAUAUAUAAAUGUACAAGGAAGCAAGCAAAUGUAAGCGGUAAACAGCAAUCUCAACGCAUGUAAAAGCAUCUCAACAACAACAAGAACAAAAAUAAUAAUAAUAGCAACAAAACAACAACAACAAGUUAAAGCUGAACAACAAGAGAACCUUUAUAUUUAUAAAUACUAAUUAAUUCGUAAUUGGAUAACAAAAUAGCGUAAUUGAAAUGUACAUCUAACUUGAAAACCACACACAACUCAUUUGCCAUUUCGAUGUUAAAAAGAAAAGAAAAUAUUUACAUACAAAACUGCAUACAUACAUACUGCAUAUAUACAUGCAUAUCAUUAAAUGUAUAGAAAUAAUUAGAACAGCAAUAGAUGAAUGAAUGUAGAUGAAAAAGUAUCCUGCCAAAACUUGUAAUACAUGUUAUCAUACAUAUACAAAAACAACAUAAGUCCACAUGCCACCUACAUACAUAUAUACGCGUGUAUGUAUGUAUGUAAUAUUACAUAUGUAUGUAUGCACUUCAUACACAUAUACAAGACGUAAGGCAUCUAUCAAAUAUCAAAUCACACGUGAGCAUUCAUAUUUAAAUUAUACAUAAAUACAUACAAACAAACAUACAUACA